ACGCCCAACACCAACAUGAGCCCCUCUCAGCAGCAACACAUCCCCGACGGGCUCACUUCUCAUCUCCACAAUCAGCCCGAGGGUUCAAUGACUCCCGCCGGCCGGAAACGUGUUGGAUUCAGACAAGAUAUUGCUCCUCCCACUCGCACACCAGAGGAUAUUUCGCCAACUAGAACGCCUCUUCGAAGAGCGGACGUGUCUCACGAAGAACUGGCACAGUCAGUCCACAUGGCUUUGGCACCCCUGUAUACUGGAGAAGUACCCCUCACCCAGGAUGUGCAGAAGCCACGCCCCGCAAUUCGGAAAACUCCUCGGACGCCGCCCCAGUUUUCCUUGGAUCAAGAGUUGGAAGAAUUUGACGAGGGCAAAAAGAGAUCAGGUAUCGCGGCUCAGAAGAGAGCUGUGCAAUUGUCAAAGAAGGUUGGGACCUUUUCGACAUCAGGGUCUCGGCGCAACUCUAUAGAUACAUUGGUCUCGCCACAUUCCUCUGAGGGGCUUCGAGCUGCUGCCCGCUCUCACCAGUCGGGAUACGAAUCCGCAACCACCAGCGAAGAUGAAGAUGGUGUUGAGCCCGAACACAUGAAGCAUGCGAAGCAGCUGGUUCGUCAGCACACUAUCGGGCCUCGUGCAAACACUGUCCUUCGAGCCGAAGACUUAUACCACCUUGAGCCCGUCGCAUCUGGCCAUGUAACACCAGAGAACGAAGUUGAGAUUGAAGAUGAACAUGUACCUCGCCCUGCGAAAUUCAGAACUGGCGUGCUGGGUACGCUCCUCAAAGCCAAUGCUGCACGUGGUGCUGGUGCAGCUGCAGCUGCAGCUGCAGCUGCUCGAAACCCUAAAGCGACGGGUCAUGGGAGGAAUCCCAGCCAAGGCUCACUCAGUGCACCCUCGACUGCUGGGAACUCUCCUAUAGAAACACCUUCCAUGUCGGGGACAUCCACACCAAGGAGGUCGUGGUAUACCAAGCACAACAAUCAUUCUGUAACUUCGAUAUCCAAACUUAUUGAGUCUUCUUCCAUGCUUGCUACGCCCGGCCAAACCAGCAUGUCUCAGGAAAUGGAGGAGACGUACAAAAAAGUGCGUCCCAGCCUGGGUGGUCGUAAAACAUCUGACAACUCCAUUACUUCGGCAUUGAAGACGACGCUGGGAGGCAAAGCUCGAAGGACAGACGAGUACAAGAUCAAAAUCCACUUGGCUGGCACUUUAGCGCGCCAGGAUUAUCUGCGGAAGCUUUGCAAGGCAUUGAUGAUGUACGGCGCACCCACGCACCGUCUAGAGGAGUACAUGAGCAUGUCUGCCCGCGUCUUAGAAAUCGAAGCACAGUUCUUGUACAUGCCAGGAUGUAUGAUAAUCGCCUUCGACGACUCGUCAGUUCAUACGAGCGAGGUCAAACUCGUCCGUACCACCCAAGGCGUGGACCUAGGGAAAUUGAGAGAUGUCCACGAAAUCUACAAAGAUGUGGUACAUGACCGCAUUGGCGUUGAGGAAGCUACCCCCCUACUCGAAGCCAUCAUCGCUCGUAAGGCCAAGUUCAGUGCCUGGCUUCGUGUCCCCGUCUACGGCUUAGCCUCCGCGUCGGUCGGUCCGUUCGCUUUCCAAGCCCGCCCCAUUGAUUUGCCUUUCUGCUUCGUACUCGGCUGUCUGCUUGGAUGGCUUCAACUCAUUGUCGCUCCCGGCAAUGAGCUCAUCACUAACGUCUUCGAGAUUGGCGCAGCUGUAAUCACAUCCUUCCUUGCACGAGGGCUGGGCUCGAUCCCAGAUAAAAACGGCGAUCCUCUCUUCUGUUUCAGCGCCAUGGCACAAUCCUCUAUCGCCCUCAUCCUCCCAGGCUUCACUGUUCUUUCUGCUUCGCUCGAGCUGCAGAGCAGACAUCUGGUCGCUGGUAGUGUGCGAAUGGUCUACGCUAUCAUCUAUUCACUCUUCCUCGGUUUUGGCAUCACCAUUGGAACGGUUCUCUUCGGCAUGAUGUACAAGGAUGCAACCUCACAAACAACUUGCAAAGAUCCUAUGCCCUCGAACUGGUACUACCUCUUUGUGCUCGCCUUCGCUCUGUGCCUCAUGGUCAUCAACCAAGCCAAAGUCAAGCAAAUGCCAGCAAUGGCACUCAUCGCCGUCAUCGGAUACGUCGUCAACUCCAACUCGGCGCAAUUUUUCAAGAAUAACGCACAAGUUAGUAACACACUCGGCGCGCUCGCCAUAGGCAUCGCUGCCAACAUCCACGCGCGCUUUGGCCGCCACGUCGAGAACUGGAGUUUAGAUUUCUGGGAGCAGACCUGCCGCCCACGAUGGAUCAAACUACGAAAAGCCUUUGUGCGACGCUUCCGCUCUCUCCGCUCCCGCUUAUCAACUUCGAAUCGCCACCAACACCAAUUCUCCUCCCCUUUUUCCGAACAUAAAGGAACAUACACUGAUCACCACCACUUUUCGGACUCAUCUUCCUCCUCUCACACUCACUCUCGAGCCUCUUCCAUGUCCACAGCCUGCUCGGAGCCUUACCUCCCGCAUCAUCGCAAGAUUGGCUACGGCCUCGCCGCCGCCGCUAUGCUUCCUGCCAUUUUCGUGCAAGUGCCUUCUGGUCUCUCCGUUCAGGGUUCGCUCAUCUCUGGCAUCACUUCUGCGGACCAAAUCAUACGUAAUGCUACCGGCAACGGAACCGCAACUGUGCCAAUGCCUGCAGAGCCCGGCAGCAAUAUCAACAGUGUUGCAUUAAAUGUCGGAUUCUCGGUUAUUCAAAUUGCGAUUGGCAUUACGGUCGGCUUGUUUCUGGCUGCGCUGCUGGUCUAUCCGUUGGGGAAGAGGAGGAGUGGAUUGUUCAGCUUCUAG